AUGGCCAACGCCACGGGUCCUCUUCCGCCGUGCGCCAAGGCCAUCAACGUCGACGCGGCCAAGCUCGCCGACCCGUCGUGGCAGCCCGCCGAUAUGACGGUUCUUGAAGCGUUCAUGAAGUCGUCCGAAUGCAAGACGUACUACACCGCGUUCACGGGUGCGCUCAAGAAGAUCGACCCGCCGGCGCUCAAUUGA